UACAGGCCUCAGAGCAAGACCUAUGCCAAGUGCUCUACAACAGAGUCACUCUGCCAGGCAAGCAGGCAGGCAGCAGGCACUGAGCCCUGGAAGGUGACGUCCCAGCUCCCAGCCUGGCCCAGAGCUGGCUGUGACUCAGGAGGAGAUUACUGGAGGCGCUGGUGGUGCUGGUGGGGUAACAUCAAAGUGCUGUUUCUAGACACGUGGCAGGAAUUUGUCCAGUAUGUCUCUGCACUGAGGAAGACAAUAGCAAAACACCCGUACAAGAGGCAGCUGGGGUCGCAGGAGGUGCCUUUUUGCACUGCCGGGGCCUGGGCCAGCGGGGUGUGAGUGGAGAAGGACAGCACAGGACUCCAGCAGGUGUGGAAGAGACAACUCCAGCGGUUCAACAGAGUCAGCCCUGUGACAGCAGCAGCUGUAGCAGAAGCAUAUCCCUCCCCAAGCCUCCUGCUACAGGCCUACGAAAACUGCAGCACAGAAGAUGAAAAAUGUCUCCUGAUGAGCGACAUCCCAGUGAAAUCAGACGUCAGCAGGAAAGUUGGGCCACACUUACCCCGCUGCAUCUACCUCUUCAUGGUAUCCACUGCCCCUGACCUUGUCCUGGACCUGGGCACACAGAGGGACCGUGGGCCGUGCCCGUCAGCCACCUCCUUUUAUCUGCCAAGACCGGGCAAUGGGAGCUGCUGCUGGCACGGCCAGCGCUGCUGGGAGCCCGGCCAGGGGAAGCAGCUGAUUCCAUUGCAGAACAGAAACCUGCACAUCAAUAAAUGUCUUGUUACAGAUGCUUUCUUCGGCCUCUUGGCUUCCCUUUCCUUUUUCAGCUGCCCCAGCUUUCUGUCCCCCUGGCUGGAAAGCUGGCUGUCUCCUAAGAGAGCUGGGGAAUGGCUGGAAGAGGGGCUGGAUGUGACAGUGUUAGUGAGCUGUCCCCGAGCAGCGCAGGAUCAGCUCCUCCGUAAGUCUGGCCUGCGCUGCCUUUCAGGUCCUGCUGGUGGCUUUCUCAGGCAGCUGGCUCCUGCUGGAGUUACUUCAGAAAACACUGACCAGCCGUCGGAACCAGCUGGUGGCCAGGGAGGAACCACAUCCCUGGGGUAACCCGGAGCUCAGGACAGGGGAGGGGCGCGUUCGUUGGCUGAACUCCCAACAGGAGGAAACCCCAGAUGAGCUCCAGAAAACUCCAUGUGAAAUGGCGGGUUAGGAUGGGCUUCUCUUUUCCCAAAGCAAACAUUGUGGUCUUUUACUCAGGAAUAGCCGCAGGAAGGACCGCAGGGGUCAGGGACUUCCCAGUGCCUGCGGGUUUGGUAUUGCUAACUGGGGCCUUCCACAGUGACACAGAAACCCCCGAACUUCCUCCUGUCAACCGCAGCUCGCUGGCUCCAAGCAACGCCCCCCCGGUGCUGUGGAAGUGGGAGCUCACCCUCCGAACAAAGUCCCUCCUUUGCCAGGGGCUCUUCUGCCUCCAGCUGCUGAUGCUUCAGUUAAUUCCUGGGGAGGAGCAAUCCAGCAAAGGCUGGUUUUUCUGGCUGCAGCACCAAUACGGAUGGAUCGAGAGUGAGCCCAUCCUGGUUGAUCAAGGUUCUCAUUCAAAGCCUGUCACCAGAGAAGCAAGAGCCAUCUUGGCUGAAAGAUCCGUUGUGGGGGAAGGAAAGGCAGGGAGUUGUGGGGCUCAGCAGGGAAUAAAUGCAUGUGGUGCAAAAAGCUCUACCGGAGCCUUUGCAGGUCUGUAAGAGGAGCAGGGGAAAAGGCAGCUUGUCCUCAUCUAUGGGGAGCAGCUAAAGCGCUGUCCUGGGUUGAGCGACACAGGACUGAUUUCUAAUGCAUGGGAAAACUGCAUUUUUAUAAAACCCUAGUAUCUGAAUUUGUGAAAAUAUUUACUUUAUAGGCAGCUCUGGGGUGCGGGUUUCAAGGUCUCUGUUUUCAAGCCUCGCCAGGUGCAGGGAUGAGGAGGAGCAAGACCCAGGCUCUCGACCCGAGCUGCCAACAGGACUAUUUCAUACCAUGAACAGCACAGUCAAUAUAAAUCAGGAAGUUUGCUGAGGAGUUCUCUCUCUCUUCCUUGCUGGCUGCCAUCCUGAGCACUCCUUGCCCCAGUGCUGGAGCCCUGAGCCCUUCACUUCCUCCUGAAGCCGCAGCGCUUGCAGUGUCCCACAUUUGCUGUCCCCUGCAGGGAGUGCGCAGCUUCCUGUGAUGGAAUGGGCUGAGGGUAAUCCUUGUGUAUUUUAU